AUGUUGCGGCCAGUACUUUUCCUGUUCUAUACCGUCGAGACGGUGGUCAACAUAAUACUGAUGGGCUACCAUAUACGCGGCUUCAUGUCGCUGGAUCUGAGCUUCCUGCCACUGAAGGAUCAGACCACAUACUACAUCUAUACGGUGAACUUCUAUGUCUUCACCGUGAUCACAGCAUUUGCCAGCAUUAAUGCGAGCACUGGCCACAAGGCAGUCCUGCUGGAGGAGUUCCUACGCUCACUGGCUGGCUGCAUAUUGUUCUUGAUUAUGUCGCUGAUGACACUAAAGGAUGUGGAGAAUGAUUUCCAUAUGAUGUACCUUGGCAUGGGGGAUCCCAAACUACCGGAGAAGCCUGUGCAUCCAUUUUUUGCCUAUCUACAUGCUCAGGCGGUGUGUUCCCUGGUCGGUUGCAUCAUCUAUCUGAUGCACUGUCUCAUUGUCAUUGACGUUAUGCUGUCGCAUGAGGAGGCGGACUAUGAUUUGGAGGUGUAUGACGCAUCCGAUGAUUCAGACGAGGACUAUAUACCCGUACGUUUGUACUUUUGUUGUGCAUAUGUACAGGAGCGCCUCGAACGAUAUCGCUGGUUUCGUGAGUUCUCGAGUGGUGGACGCAUGAGUCUCUAA